AUGCCCGCCGCCCCCCCGCCGCCCCCCCGCCCGCCCCCUCCUGCCGCAGCCUCACUCCCCGCCUCCCCUCCGCCGCCUCCAUCCUCCUCCUCCUCCUCCUCCAUCGCGCCUCUCGGCCCCCGCGUCCCUACCUGCGGCGGGGGCCGCCCGCCCCCCUGCGCCCCCCCUCCCACCCCCCCGGGUUCACAGGCGGCCCCGGCCCGGCCGCGGCCCCGCAUCGCCCGCCGAGCCGCCGCACCGCCCCCGCCGCCGCAUCCUGCGGCGGGCCCGGCCCGGGCGGGCCCCCGCCAGCGCCGCCCCCCCGCGGGCCCGGCGGGCGCGGGGUGGCAGAAGGGAUGGGGGGAGCCGCCGCUGCCUGGCCCCGCAGAGCCCCCUCCCCGGGCUGCGGGAGCAUCCCGCGGGCGCGCAAACCCCCCGAAGUUGCGAGGGCGGGUGCGGGGCGGCUCGGGAGCCCCGGGGCGGCCGUGCGGGGCCGUGCGGGCGGAGCGGGGCGGGGGCGGCGGGGAGGGCACAUGCGCCGUGCGCGCACUGCGGAGCGGCGCGGGCAGCGCGGGCAGCGGCGGAGCGGGGCGAGGGCAGCGGGAGCGGCAGCGGCGACCGCAGCCCCGCGGCCCCGCACGGCCCCGCCGCGACGGCGCGGCCCCCCCAGCCCGGCGGAGGAGAGGCGUGAGGGCUCUUGGGCAGGAUGCCGCUGGUGAAGGGAACAUCGAGCCCCGGCACCUGUGCCGGGGGGCUCUGCCCGACGUGACGAGUGAGCUGGAGUGUGUCACCAACAGCACCCUGGCUGCCAUCAUCAAGCAGCUGGGCAGCCUCAGCAGGCACGCUGAGGACAUCUUCGGGGAGCUGUUCAAUGAGGCCAACAGCUUCUACAUGAGGAUGAACUCACUGCAGGAGAGGGUCCUGCUGGUCAUCAAGGUGACACAGCUGGACUCCACCGUGGAGGAAGUUUCGCUACAGGACAUCAACAUGAGGAAAGCCUUCAAGAGCUCCACAGUGCAGAACCAGCAGGUUGUGUCUCGCAACUCCAUCCCCAACCCGGUGAUGGAGAUGUACCAGCGCUGCGACACCCCGCCGCUCAACAUCCUCACACCCUACAGGGAUGAAAAGGAUGGCCUCAAAUUCUACACCGACCCCUCCUUCUUCAACUUAUGGAAGGAGAAGAUGUUGCAGGCAACAGAAGAUAAGAGGAAGGAGAAGCGCAGACAGAAGGAGCAGCGGCUGGUGGAGGACUCCACCCGGGAGGUGAAGAAAGUGAGGAAAGCCCGGAACCGGCGGCUGGAGUGGAACAUGAUGGCGUAUGAUAAAGAGUUCCGGCCCGAUAACAGGUUCUCACCAUCCCCCUAUCACAUGGCGUCAUCGGAAGGAUCACUGUCCCCAGAUAAUAGAUCCUAUGCGUCGGACGCGGCCGACCACUCAUACCCCGACCCCAACCAACCCCCCGCAGCGCUGGCCCCGGUGGAGCACAAGGAGGGGGUGCUGGCCCCCCACCCCCAGGAGCACGUGUACCGCCCCCCGGGCAGCCGCCAGAACAGCCUCAGCCGGCUGCAGCAGCCCCACGCGCCGCCGCCGCCCGAGGCUGUGCUCAACGGCCGACCGCACCUCGUCAAGGAUUACGGCCCUCAGCCGGUGCCCAUGGCCGAGUACUUUGUGCCGCGCCCCCCGCCCCCACCACCCGUCAUCCUCGCACAGACGGCCUUCGACAGCCCCAUCUCGGCCCCCCCUGCGCUGGCCCCCGGCUCGGCCGGCCCCCCUCCCGCCUACCGGCCCCCCCCCCCCCCCCCCCCCCCCCCCCCCCCCCCGCCCCCCUCCGGCCCCAUGGGCCCCCCGGUGGCCCCCCCCCCGCCCCCGGGGCCCCCGGCGGUCUCUGCCUCGCCGGCGCACUCGGCCUCACCGCCCGCCCCCACCGUGGAGCCUCGGAAGCCGCAGAUCCCACUGAUGCCCAUGAGCGAUGCCCGGAGCGACCUGCUGGCAGCCAUCCGCAGGGGGAUCCAACUCCGGAAAGUCCAGGAGCAGUGGGAACAAGAGGCCAAGAAAGAGCCCGUGGGCAAUGACGUGGCGACGAUCCUGUCACGGCGGAUCGCGGUGGAGUACAGCGAGUCCGACGACGACUCCGAGCUGGACGAGAAUGAGUGGUCAGACUGAGGGGCCCCGGGCGGCUGGGCUGGGCUGGGCUGGGCUGGGCUGGGCUGGGCUGGAGGAACCCCCAGCUCUGCCCCGGGUGUGUACAGGCGCCUCCCCCACCGUCACCGACGAGCGCAGGCGGCCCCACUCGUCCAGAGCUUUGCUUUACACUUUGUCCAAACCCUGCGGGCAGCAGCAGCACUGGUAGGAUACACCUCAGAGUCAGUGAGACCAGACAUUAGCAGCACCUUCACGUUUAAUGACUUCCAAAAUUCUCUGAAGGCAGGUUAAUAGGAUUGCUCUGGGUUUACACCUGGAGCAGGAGCAGAGGCUGGCCCUGAGUGUGCUUUGUGCGAGGAGGGAGCCCCAGAGGCAGCAGUGCUUUUCCAGCUGGACGGUAACUGUGGUGACGAGAAGCUCCUGGAGAAGAAGCCUGUUUGCACAGGUGUACCACCAUGGGAGCUCAGGGAUGGCCCUGCAUGGGCCUGGGGACCCUCUGCUGUCAGAGUUUUUGGGGUCAGGCAGCUCCAAAGGCUGCCCGUGAGCAGGAACCUCCUUCCCCUGAGGGUGGUGCACCACGUUUAGCAGCAGCUCUGUAGGGAUGAUUCCCAUUGUACUGUCACUCCCUGGAGAAUCACAGAAUGGUUGGGAUUGGAAGAGACCUUUAAAGCCCGUUGAGUCCAAUCCCUUGCAAUGAACUGGGACCCUUUCCACUAGACCAGGCUGCAUGAGAAGACCAAGGUGUUGGUGACCUGAGCCUGUUUCUGUCCUUAGAACUGGUUUUCUGGGAGAAAAGGGUGAAGGCAAGGCUUAUGUGGCUGGCAGGGACACACAACCUUGUCUUUGCCAGCGAAGGAUUAAGGUGUCCAGGGAGCUUCCCCAGACCCAGCUCUCCUUGGCCUUAAUGUGACACCAUUUCAGUAUUAUUUGAAAAAGAAAAAGAAGUUAAUUAGACAAUCUGCUGCUUUUAGGUAAACUCUUAACUUGCCCUUUGCAGCCCCACAUACUGUGCCUGCACAACUGAGACCAACUCAGAGCCAGGCACUGGUUCCCCCUCCCUGAUCCUGCCCCAUUCCCUAUCCCACAGAAGGGUGCUGGUGGGGGAGCUGGAGAGCCAGGCCCCUGCCACAGCACUGAAAAUACCUGUGCUCACAUCAAAAUAGAGUGAUUCACCCAAGACUUUUCUCCUCCCUUCACGGAGAGAAGGGGUGGGAAUACUGAAAAUAUCACAGUCAGGUGCAAAAACCUGCAGAGAGCUGGGAGACAUUCCCCAUAAGUGGAAAAUGGGCCAGGACCAGCCGUGGACUUGCCAGAAUGGUGUCGCCAGGCCCUCUCUUGUGUUCCCUUAUACCACGAGACUCUGAAUGGGGGAAUACUGAGGCCCCAUGUUGCAGCUCUUCUGGGGAAAGCCUGGGCUCUGUGCCUGCCUCUCUGCCUCUCCCAGUAGCCAUGUAGCUGAUGGCUACAACAGUAGGAUUUUGACUUUCCAGAAGCAACCAGGCCAGUAAAGGAGGUGGGAGGGUAGGGCUGGGACCCAAAGGCUCAUCCUUAAGUUCAUAGAAUCCUAGAGUGCUUUGGGUUGGAAGGGACCUUACAUCUCACCUCAUUCCAAUCCCGUGCCAUGGGCAGGGACACUUUCCUCUAGACCAGGUUGCUGGUUCCUCACCCUGAGAAGUGCUGGUGUUGAACAACAUCCCAAACAUCUGCUCAUUUCCCCUGGUGAGAAACUUUUCAUGGCCAGAUGUGGUGAAUCCUCUUGCCCAGCUGCUGAGAAAUGCCCCCAGGAGCUCUCCUUUCUCUUGGCUGCCACAAAAUGGUCUCCUGUCCCUUGGGAGUGACACCUCCCACAUCUCCACACCUGGACUGUGAGCUGUGGUACCGAGUGGGCUUGAGCAGAGGGGCAGCAUGGAUGUGGGAGGGGCAAGGCAAGAAGCAGAAGUGCAAUAGGAUGCAUGGAAUAGCUCAUCUACAAACCCAAGGAAGCAGGGCUGACCAAAGGAGGCAGGGAGUCACAAUGCACCAGGAGGUCAGGAAAUUCCUGAUGCUUGGUGCUCGCCAAGAGCUCUCGUUUCUGAUGUAGACCCUCUGAAACACAGGGAACUGACUGCAAAAGCUUUUGGCCAAAGCCUGGCCAAGACAGAGAGCCCCUGUGAUGGGCCUUCCUUGGGAAAGCAGCUGGGAUUUGACCUGGAACAUGUUCAGAAGGAAGUGUUGUAAAAAUUCAGAGCAACAUUUCAGCAGAUUCCUGGUGGUAUUUAUUGUGGAGCGUUAUUAACGUAGACACAAUCGUAAUCCUGUUUCUGUGUGAAGAGAAAGUGGAUUUAUUUGGAUAAUUUAGAAAAAGUGAUAAAUUUUUUGAGGGAGAGAGAAUAGCAGGGGCUGGGGGAGCUGCUCUUACCUGUUAUGGGGGUCGAAGGGCUGCAGAGUCAGUGGGGGGAACCAAGUGGGGGCUCAGGCAGAGCCGAGUCCCACCAGCCCUGGGAAAGGGCUCAGGGACACAUGGGACUGGCUUGUCCCUUGGAUCUCUGACUGGCCCAAUUCUGCAAAGCCAAGCCAGUCCUGGUGAGAACUGGAGAGUGGUCGAGUGCCCCUGGAAGAUCAAGCCCCUCCUUUUCGUGCACCAGUUGCUUUGUGUGUGUCACACUGGAACUGUGGUCAUUCUGGUAGGACUCUGGGUGUGGCAGGUCAGGACUGUCCCUGUAGCCUCCCACUGCCCUGUCACCUCCCUGCAGCUAUGCUGCACUUGGGAUUGGCAGCUGUCAGUCAACCCAUGCCAGUGUCAGGGUCGAUGCUGUUCCAUGGCAAAGCACUUGACAAUCAGAUUGGCUUGGGUUGGAAGGGACCUUGAAGGUCAUCUAGUUUCCUCAAUCCUUGCCUGCCAUGUGCCCAGGCCACAUCUGCGGAGUGGGUGUACAGCUGGGAGCCUCAGGAGGGCAGGUAGCGAGGCUCCCCCGCCCACUCUUCCUCACUCCUUUAUGUUCUUACACCAUCCUCUCCCCUUUGGACAUCCCAGCACAUCCUCACCAUUUAUUCUGCUUACAAUCUCCAGCCCUUGAUAACACAAACACAUUUCAUGUGCUCAAGUCCAAAGCAAGUCAGCAGGACCAUAACCUCCCAGCAUUGCCCAUUGCUUGAAAACAUCAUGAUCCUCCUCUUCCAGGGAUCUGAACUGCCAUGGCAGCCCUUAAGCUGUCCUGAUAGCAGGGAUGGGGCUGAUCCCCCGCCCCAUCCUCAUCCCAGUGAGAUCUGCAGCAGAGCUCGUUGCUCAGCUUUCUGCUGUAGCUGGUGGAGAGGUGACCUGUGUAGUCAAGGUGGGCUGUAGAACCCAUUUCUGGUCUGGUCACAGUGAUGCUCUUCCCAACUCUCACAACGGCACCACAAGGCAGGCAAGCACCUGGAAUUGCUAAGGUUGGAAAAAACCUCUAAGAUCAUCCAGUCAGACCAUUAAUACCACACGGUGACACUGAGAGCCCCGAUCUCGUGACACAGCCACUGCAUCCUCAGAACCUUCACCCGACAGUUCAGCCAUGCUGGAGCGUGACCAGCUUUAUUUUAGGCACAUUCAUCUGCUUUUUGCCCAGGUGACCUAUGAAAUCCAACAGAAGCAACACCAGUUCCUUCGUUGGGCCGGGCUGGCGCUGCUGGAGUUGGUUGUGCCCCACUCAUUAACACUGUCUGUCUGAACCACAUGCUGCACACUCCGUAUUUUGUACAUAUGUGCCUAUUCCCAGAUAUUCUUCCCAAAGUAGGCCAUGCUGUGUUACACAACCUGAAAUGCUCAAAUCCUCAUGUGGGCUGAUAUAAAAGUGAAUAUUUAAAUAUUUUAUCUAGCUUGGCAGACAUUAAAAAGUACAAUCCAGGUCACAGAUGACUGAAUUUCUCCUCUCUCAAGAGCACCAGAAUUGGGCUGAGGAGAUUCUCCUGUAUAUUAAGGUAUCAUGUUCCAUGUUAAAAUAUAGCAGUGGCAUUUCUUUGCCAAUGGAUAAUCAUGGAGUGCCAAACAUUUAAUGAGCCCAACUGAUCUCCUGAGAGCUCUUUCCAUUUUAUCUGCUUUCCCCUACUUGCCAAUUUAUGGGCAUAGAUUAAAAAUAAUAAAUAUGACUGCCAACGGGGGGAAGAACACCCUGAGUGCAUACAGAUGGAUUGGGCUGCAGUCAGUGGAACAGUAAAUAAGCCAGGUUUGUUCUGCUUGGAGAUAUUAGCGGAAGGCUGUGGUCCUUGAGCUCCAUCAGGAACCUGUUGGACAUAUCUGGUUCAUCUAAAAACGGACACUGUGGGGACCAGCAUGUCCACGGUACAUCUGUGAACCUACACCAGGUGUGAAGUCUGGUCUUGCUCAAGUUUCUGAAGGUUGGUGGAAGUCUAGCAGUGUUCGUGCCUGGCCUUGCACUCAGUGUCUCCUUGGGUUAGAGGGACCAUUGGAGCUGGCUCUGGAUGCUGGUUGGAGGUGUUCUGAAGGAGGAAUGGAUUGGGUAGUUUCUAACUUUGCACCCUGGGAAGAAACCUAGAGAGGAGUGAGCAUCACAUCCCAGGAGAGCUCCUGCUUCUGCUGAUGUUUUUUCUGGGGAAGGUCUUGCUCCUGGUGCAAACAUGAGGCUGAACUUGGCUUCUCCAGAGAGCUCCCUCAAAUUUCCUCCCAGCAACUUUUUCAUCUCUAUUUCCCUUUCAAGACACCCAACAGCCUGAACAGAAGCUUUGCAGACUCCCUUGGGGACAGAGCCUGAAUUUACACCUCAGCUUUAAUGAUAAAUGGAAGUUUUGCUUGGAGGGAGGCAGGUUGUAGCACCAGAGGUGGUGUUUUGGAGGGUGCAUUCCAGAGGUCCAUGGCUGGCAGGAACACAGUGCCAUUUCCUCGUGGAUGGACCAUGUUUGGCCAUGGGAAGCGCUCCCCAUCAUGGGAUGCUGGCAAGGGGAGCACAGGCUGUUCCUUUCACCGAGAUUCCUGUUUUCCUGUAGUAAUAGUUAUUUAGGGGUAAGGUUUUCUCAGCUGGAAUGUCACUUUACAGAUUAAAACCCCAAAACAAUAAGGGCAAGGAGUCUGUCCUGAGGAGUUUACAGUCUACAGCAAAGACCAUAUAACCUGCACUGCACUUUAGGAGCCUCAAAUGCUCACUCACCCAUGAAUUUACUCUCCACUGGGCAGCAGCACCUCAAGGACUGUUGUCCCUUCCUUAGGUGACCCCACGAGCAGCCCCAUGACCACAUCCCCCUGCUGAUGUCACAGUGGGGCUCUCCUGCCCCUCCACUACUGCCCUGCAAAAGUGCCUGAGCAAAGUCCAGGAGUGCCAAGCCAUGCUGGGUUUGUCCCUGUGCUCUCAGGGUGGGCCUUUCCCAGUCCCCACACAGCUCUUCUCUCUGGGAUGGCCAUGGAUGUGAUGGGAAACGUGCCUGGAUGCACCACUGCCUGCCAAAACUUAGAGCUGCCCAUCAAUUCACGUGGUGGCCUCUGAGCUCAUGCAAAAUGUCCUCCUUCAGACACUUAGAAGCCAAACCUAGACUUUGACGUAUUUUGAUCUGUUUGAGAGUCAAAGGAUGUGGGGGGGUUGUGAAUCUGGUCUUCCUUGGACAGACUCCAGGUUUUCUAGGAUUGUUGUCUCAAGCUCUGCUUUCUCCAGGUAAAAAUUGAGCCUGGAUUUUGCUGGGGAAAGGAAUGAAAAAAAACCCAAACAAAACUCCCAGUCAGGAACUUCAGUGAGGUUUGCCCCAAAGCCUUCAGAACGUGCCCACAGGCAGGGUGGGGGCAGGACACCACCCUGGUGCUGUCACAGCUGAGGCAGAGCCUGCAGCAAGGGAUGGGCUCUCGGUGAGGGAAAUCCCCAGGCAAGAUCUGGAUGGAACAUGCUUGGCCACAGAGUCCCCAAAGGCAGUGCUGAUGUGACUUUAUCCAUAUUAAUGUCUGGAUUACAGACUGCCAGGACCCUGAGGCCACGGGCUCCUCCACAGUGCUGUGUGAUAGCAGAGCAGGGAUGCUUCACCCCCCAUGGGCAUCUCCUAAUAGGGAUCUUUCCACAGGUUUCAGCCUCCCAGAGGUGCCUCUGUAGUCUCUUGUUCCUCGCAGGAACAGGUUCAAACCUGUUAACCAAUGACCUGUCAGUGUUGUGAGGCCAAGUGUGUGGGAAGUGAGCCUUCCCCUGCACACCUUUCCCAUGGUGGCAAUGCCAGGGCCCUGGGCUGGCCCUGGGGGACUUUCAGCCCAGUGGCUGCUCCAGCACUUAGUUCUGCAUAAAGUAUUAAGAGUGCAAAGAGGAGUUAAAAAAUAGAAAUAAAAUAGUCCAGCAUUUUAGGUUGGUUUUUCUCCCACUGCUCUGUACAGGGAAAACCUCAGGUGGGUAAAACCCUCUGAAAAGCCACAAAGGCCGGUGGGGAAAAUAACUCUGUUCUCUAUGUCAGUGAGGGACUCAAGUGCACGGCACGGGAGGAGUGAGUUGUGGCAGAAGGGAGCUGAGUCAGAUCUCGGGGAAGGCUUUGCCAAGGUAAGGGAUGGAGAAACUCUGAAACAGGCCACAAAGGUUCUACCUUGGGAGGGCUUUGAGAAGCAGGUGGGCAAAUGCCAGAAAGGAGCACUGCCCAUGACCUUGUUGUGGGCCAGGGAGUGGUGGAGGUGCCCACAGGGCAUCUCUUCAAAACAUGUUUGUAGUUCUGCCUCAUCCCAUCCUUUGGGUGUCCCAGCCCCAAAGCAUCUCCCACCAGCCAGGGCAGCUGCUGGGGCUCUCUCUUAGUUUUGGUGUUGACCCUUAAAUGCAAUAAAGAUAAAACACCUGAGAGGGAAGAAUGUGAACUUAGUGGAAAACCAGGGCAUGCAGAUGUUACUGCUGUAUUUCCCUAGUUAGAAGGCAGCAGCUCCAGCAACUUGCUCCUCAGGACCCUUCAUCAUCUGCAGCUGCAGUGGGUAAACCAUGCUGGUAAAUUAAGGGGGAGAUUUUAAAAGUUACUCUUUGAUUUGGGUUAGCUCACAUGAGAAAUCUAAACAUAAAACACAAACCCCUCCCCCACAAAACUAAAAGCAAACAAACAACUUACAUGUGAUUUCCAGAAGGACAAUUUGUUCUGUUCCCUUCCCCUGGACCUCGAGGGAAGGUCAGUCCCAGCAACGCUUCCCAGCUAUCACCAACAAAAUGAAGCAGGUCUCACCACUUCCAAAAAAUCACAUCCUGAGAAAACAGUAUUUUAGACAAAGCAAUAAGAACCUCAUCACAGUGCAGCAAGGAGAGGGGUCUCUUGUCACCCUAGGAGGUGCUUUUGACCCUGAAGGCCCUUCCCCAGCCCAAGUGUUUGAAAUCCUGUUGAUUUUCACCUCUUACCAGUGCUGGUCCAUUCCUGACACCUCAGCUGGGAACACUUACACCAUAGCAAGUCAUUUCUUACCAUGGAAAAGGCAAUCAUAAAAGUCUGUCUUUGAGCCUGGUGAUGUUCCUGUGAUGCCCAUGGAGGAGAGGGUGAUUUCCUGAUGGCAACAGGAACACCUUUGACACAGUCCUGCCAGGUCUUCAAAAAUCAAACUGUUAUGAGCCCCAACACCCCCCUCACUGCCCCCCCCCCCCAAUUUAAUUUUAUACUGAGGUGUUUCAGGUCUACCUUUAGUUCUGGCCAGUUUUUAUCAAAUGGGACCACUCUCGGUGGUGCUUUUCAUCUCAGAUCAGAGCAGACCAGAAAAAGAAAGAAAAUCACAGAAUCCCAGAAGGGUUUGCUUUGGAAGAGACCUUAAAGCCCAUCCAAUCCCACCCCUGCCAUGGGUAGGGGCACCUACCACUAGACCAGGUUGCUCCAAGCCCUGUCCAAGCCACUUAAGUCCCCACCCAAAAAAUCCCCAAACAACCCCCUUUUCUUUGAAAUGCAUUUUUAGGAGGUUUUGGGGCUGAUGGCUCCUUACCUGAAUAGACUUCCUUAAUUGUGGGGCUGCUUGACCUGGGGGGGAUCUGAAGCAGGGUGUCCCCAGCACGAGUUUGGGUUGAUGCUGAGCCGUGCUGGCACUUCCCUCCCCUUGCUGUGGGAUGUGCCCUGUCACACCAGGGCUCAUUCCCACUGGGAAUGCAAUGGGGCCACAGUGGUGUGGCAGCUCCUUACUGACACAAGUGCCUUUCCUGGAGGUCCCCACGGGCUUCCUGGGGUGGGUGGUCUCACUGUGCUGGAAAGGGCAGCGCUCACCUGGGGUGGAAACCUGGACCUGCCCAGACCCCAAGGUAUCCUCUGGGAGUCCUCCUUCCUGCACGGGGGUAGUUUGGGGUAGCUGGUUUUGGCCAACCCAAGAAACCUGCUCUGGCAAAUGCACAUCUGGGUGCACAUGCCAGGGACAGGGGCAGGGACAGUCCCCGAGAGGACACGUGAGGAGUGCAGGGAGGGGGCAAACCCUGUCCCCACUUUGUUGUGGGACGUGCCCCUUCUGGUGGGUUUGCUCCAGGGUAGGUGCAUUGCUGCUGCCAUGGACAAGCCUUCAGGCUGGAGAGCCUUCCUCUUCCUCCUACUCCUCCUCCUGUCCCUCCCAGGGCUGUGGGCCAGAGCCAGCUGCUGCUGCAGCACAGGAGCCAUCUCACUGCCAGGUUUCCAUCCCCUUCGGAGUGAGGCCAGGUGCUGUAGGAGAGUCAUUUUGGGGGACACUGAAGACAGGUGAGGAUCACCUCCUGUGCCCUGCACCCAACAGGGUGGGGAUCAAGACACCUCAGGCGCCCCAAACCUCCUCUGCACUACCCAAACUCAGCGCUCUGAGCCAGGGAGACCUCCUGGAGCACCUGCUGAAACAGAGCAUCCACCUCGAGCUGGACAUGUUAAAAGCAGUUUUCUCCCCUUUUGGCACUGACUGAUCAUACAAACAGCCUGGAAUCAGAGCUCAGGCCAGUCUUUGUGGAGGUUGGCUCCACCUCUGCAGCGGUGGCACAGUGGGGACAGGGAGGUGCCAGCCUGCAUUGGCUUCCUGGGUGCUUCCUCAGCAUCCGUGGGGCUGCCCUGAUCCUCCUGAAAAAGGUCCAUUUUUUAAUAACAGCAGAAGUAUUGCCCGUAUCUCCUGUGAUUUGUCAUUGGAUAGAAGGAGCUGAUGGGAGACAGGAGGCUCUCCCAAGGGAGGGUCACCUGUUCCAGGCCAUAAUUGAUUUCCUUAAUUCCAUAGCUGAGAUUAAAGAAGGAGAUGUUCACUGUCUGAUGGGGUCUUUAACCAUGUGCACUUAGUCAGUAGGUGAGUAGAUGUUGCUGCCUGUAUCUAUCUACCCUACCCAGUUGCUACGUGUGAACAAGUGUAUAUCUCCCCAGUGUUGUGGGUUCUGCCUGUGGUGACACGAUGAGGGAAGGUGGGGACUCCUGCAGCUUCCUUCUGUACAGUGUAGAGAGGAAACCUGGAACAACCCCAGGCACCGCUUGUAACUACAUUUGUUCAAGAAAUGUCAUCUUAAUCCCAAACUGUUGACACUUUAUGCAUGUGCUAAUGAAAUUUAAAAAGAAAAAAAACCAAUUAAUAAAGAUUUUAAGAGGUUACAGUA